AUGUUUUUUGAUAAAAAAGAAAAUACUUCAGGUUGUAAGAAAAAUAAAUUAAGUAAGAAACUUUUUGAAGAUGAAAGAUUUAACAAAAAAAAAUUAUUUAAAGAUAAUAAAAAAAAAGCUUUAAGUAAUGAAAAUAAGGAGUUGAAAAAUAAUUUAUCUAUAGUGUCAAUGAAUACAAUACAAUGUAAAUUUAAAAGAAAUUUAAAAAAAAUAGAAGAAAAUAUUGAUUUCACAUAUGGAGUUUUAUUUAAAAGAAGAUUAUAUGAAAGGAAAAAUGUCUAUAAUAAUGAUAUAUCUACGAAUGAUUUUAUUAAUGCAAACAAUUUAGAUAAUAUAAUGAACAGUAUUAAUUUAACAAAUAGAAUUUAUUCUAUUGAUAACCAAAAUAAAAACAAUAGUUACAUAAAAGAUAACUAUACUUAUGCUUAUAACAAUGAAGAUUUUCAUAGAAAUAUACUUAUCAAUAGUGAUAAUAAUAAAAAUAAAGAGAAAUACAUAUUUAUAAAUAAUUCGAAUAACACCAAUAAAUAUACAAUUAAUAGUUUAUAUAAUAAAUCAUUGGAUAAUUAUGAAGAUAAUAUGAAAAAUUUACUACAAUAUUCCUUAAAAAACAAGAUAAAUAAAGACAAAAAUAUGUUUAUAAAUAAAUUAGAUAACUUUAAUCAGAAUAUUUUUAUGAAUAUUAAAUGCCAAAAUAUUUUGAAAAGAAAAAUUGAUGAAACACAUAAUUCUUCAAAUAAAAGUAACUUAAUUUAUGUAAAUAGUGAUUUUAAAAAUUUAUUUGGUUUUCUUAAUAAAGGUUAUAAAAAUAAUUUAAGUGUAUGUAUAAGUAAUGCAAAAAGAGAAAAGGGUGAUAAUUUUGAAAAAGUUAAAAAAAAUGUAAUUUAUGUAAGAGAAAAUGUUGAAACUAAUGAAUGUAACAAAAAAUUUUAUUAUUUAAAUCAUAAUCAUGAUAGCAGUUCUUCAUAUAAAAAUGGUCAGGUAUAUAUUAACUACUUAAAAGAUGAAAAUAAGAAAAUUUAUAAUUAUUUUAAUAAAAAAAAUGAACUAAAUUUUGAUUUGCAUGAAGAAAAUAGUUUGAACAUUUAUGAUUUAAAUAAUAAAAAUGGGUUAGAUGCUGAAAAAAAUAAAGACAUAAAUUAUUUAAAUUUCAAAAAAAAAAAUGAUAUAAAAAAAAUGAACUCAAAUUCAUUAAUUAUAAAAAAUAAAGAGAAAGAAAAUUUAAAUAAUGAAAUGAAUAUAAAAUUAUUUGUAAAUAAAAAAAAUGAGGAAAAUAAAGAAGAGAAAUUUUCAUGUAUAAGUGAUAAUCUUAUAAUUAAAAAAAUUAAUUCAGAAAAUUCAAAUAAUUUUAAUUCUGAAAAAAAAAAAAAAAAAAAUAUUUCAUAUAAUCAUAAUAACCUUUUCCCUUUUUUAAUUAAUGAUAAAGACAGAUAUUAUAAUAAAAGUUUACACGAUAAUGUCAGUGUGAAAAAUAAUAAAACAGAAGGAAAUUCCAUUGAAAGUACUAAAAAUUUAUUAAAAAAUGUCAUUUUAAAAAAAAAAAAAUGUAAUAUUUUUAAAAAAAAUAAUAAUAGAAAUAAAAAAAUGCUCCAUAUGGAUAAUAAAGAGGAAAAAAAGUCAAUCAAGGAAAAUAUUUUAUAUUUAAAAAAUAAAUUAUUUUCAUUUAAUAAAUAUGAACCAAAUUUUGAAGAAAAAGAAAAGAAAAAUAAUUUGAAAAAUAAAGAAAAUGUUGAUUUAAAUGAUAAUGAGCCUACUCUUGUAAACAAAAUAAAAAAGAAGAAUUACAUUAAUUUAAUAAAUAAUAUAGAUGGAAUAUUAAAUAAUGAAAUGUGCUUUAAAGAUAUAAAAGAUGAAAAUAAUUUAACCGAUAAACAUUUUAAACAAGAUAAUUCCAGUGUAAAUGAAUAUUGCGAAAAAGAAAGUAAACAAAUUGUGUGUAAAAAUAUUUUUUCUGAAUUCAAUGACACAUCGAAUUUAUUAAAAGUUGAAAAAAAAAAAAAAAGUAAAUCAUCUUUUUUAAAUGAUAUUAUAGAUAGUCCGGUUAAGCCUAAUCCUAAUGAUAAUGAUAAAAAAAAAUUUUCUAAAAGUAAAACAAAUAGGCUGGAGAUGAUUUUUCCUACAAAAAACAGUUGCUUUAAUAAUAAAGAAAAAAUUUCACAUAUUAGUGAAGAUAAUAAUAAAAGAAAUAUUUAUCUCAUAAAUAACAAUGAAACACAUAAAAAUAACUUGCAAAAUUGUAAAUUAUAUAUUCAAGAAGAAAUAUUUAAAAAUAUAGAAAGCCAAGUAAAAGAAAAAGAAACAGAAAAAGAGGAAAAAGAAAAAAAAGAGAUAGAAAAAGUGGAAACAGAAAAGGAAGAUAUAGAAGAAAAAGAAAAAAUAGAAAUAGAAAAAGUGGAAAUAGAAAAGGAAGAUAUAGAGGAAAAAGAAAAAAAAGAAAUAGAAAAAGAAGGAAAAACAGAAAAAGAAAUGGAACAAAAAAAGGAAAAAAAUAAUGAGGAAAAUGUAAAAAAUAAUCAUAUAACAUGCUCCAGUGAUUUAUACAAUAAGAAUAAUUAUGAAAUUUGUAUGAAUGGUCUUAAUAAUAAGCAAACAAAAAAUAUAAUAGAACAUAAUGAUUUUAACAAUAAAACAAUAAAAAAAGAUAGUUUUUUAAAUGAAAUUAGCAAUGUUGAUAUGUUUAAUUUAAUUAAAAUAUCAACAGAUAGAUUUUUUAAAAGGAAAAUGAAUAACCAAAGUAAGAUUUACAAAGGGACAAACAACAAUAAACAUGCAAUUUCAUAUAAUGAAAAUUAUGUAUAUAACAGAUUAAGUAAAAUAUGUGUUGAAAGCAAAAUAAACAGUAAUAUAGUUAAUAUAGAUAAUAUAGAUAAUAAUAUUAAUAAUAUAAAAAAUAAAAAAGAUGUAAUAAACAAACAUUUAAGAACUAGUUACGGUUAUAAUUUAAAAGAUGAUAAUUUUCAUAAUUUUAGGUCAUUUUUUGCAAGAAGAAACAAUGUUAAGAAUGAUUUAAAUAAAAUAUCCAACUUUUACAAUGAUAUAUCAUUUAAAAAAACUAAUGAAAAGAGUGAUAAAAAAAACAUGAAUAAUUUUUAUUUAUUUCAAAAUGACAAGAAAAAUUUUUUAUAUUUUCUCCUUAAAAAAAAGGACACAAAAAAUAGUUUUAACGUAAAUCAUAAUUCUGAAAAAAUGAAAAAUAAUAUAGAUAUAAGUAACACAUGUGAGUUUAAUAAAAAUGAAAUAAAAAAUUAUGAAUUUAAUAAAAAAAAACUCUUCAAAACAUUACAGUAUAAUUCUAACAAAAAUUCAUAUAUUUAUCUACAAGGAAAAUCAGAGAAAGAUUUGACUAAUUAUUUUGAUGCAACUGAUAAAAAUAAUUAUUAUACAAGUAAUUUAAAUAGAAAUAUAGAAAAGAAAUUGUUGAAUGAUAAUUUAGUUGAUCACUUCUCCAUAUAUAAUAAGAAUGAAUUUAUAUUGAAGGAAAAUGCAAAUUUUGAUAUUGAUAAAAAUGAUAAUAAGAACAUAAAUAAUAAUAGCAGUAAAAACAGUUUAACUAGUUUAUCUGAUGACAAAUGCUACUGUACUAUUUUAAUAAAUGAAAGAGAUUCUAUUUAUUUAAAUGAUGACAAUAAUUUAAAUGAUAAUGAAGUAAAUAACAAUUAUAAAAAUAAUAAAUUAAGUAAAUUAAGUAGCGCUUAUAUAACAGAAAAUAGCCAAAAGAACCAUCAGUGUAAAACAGUAAAUUACGGUGAAAAUUUAGUUGAUGGAAAUAAUGGUCAUUUUUACAAUUAUAAAAAUAAUUUAUUACAAAAAAAAAGUUCAUAUGUAAAUUACGAUUUAAAUUUUAAAUUAGGUCACACUCACAACAUUGAUAAUUUUAAAAAAUAUUGUUUUGUAAAUGAUGAAAAUGAUUUAUUUAAUACAAAUAAAUUAAGGUCUUACUUUUUUAAAGAAAAAAGUAUUUUCAAUAAUAAAUUUUUUAAAGUAAAUAAUGAAAGUGACACAUUUUCCUUUUUUAAAUAUUUCGAUCUUUUUAAUCGUAACAGAAAAAUAUAUAAAAAGGAUGCAUUGAAUGAAGAUAAAGAUAAAAACGAAAAUGUAGAUGAAAAUAUUUCAAAAAAGCAUGAAGAUCUUAAUAAAUUAGUUUGCAAUGAGAAAAGAAAAUAUUUAGAAAAAAAUAAACCAGAAAAUGACAUUACAAAUUAUGAUAACAAUAUUAUAGAUACUAAUAAUAUUGAUCAUAGGAGUAAUGAUAUUCUUAAUAAAAAUGAUAAUAAUAUAAAUGAUUGUAAAAAUAUAAUUUACAAUGACAGCAAUACGGAUAAUAAUUUUAUUUGUAGCAUUAUUAUUGAUAAUAAUCAUAAUAAAAAUGUUAAAAGUAAUAUAAAUGAAAGUGGAAUAAUGGAGAACAGUAAAAGUAAUAUUCUUAAUAUUCAAAUAGAUAACGAUAAUGAUAUUGAUAGUGCAAAAAUAAGUAAAUUGAAUGAUCAUUUGCAUAAUAAUAAAAAUACAGAUAAUAAUAUUUUUAAAAAUAAAUCAGAUGAAAAUAAUAAAAUCAUAAAACAUAUUGAAGAUAAAAUUGAAAAAAAUGAUAACUCACUGCAAAAUCAUAAAAAAGAAGAAAACAUGAAGAUUGAUGAUAUUAUAGACAAUGUGGAACAAAGGAAUAUAUUGUGUAAGGAGAAUUUUGUUGAUAGUAAUUUGUUCGAAAAAAGUGAAAAAAGUGAUAUAAAUGAAAUGAAUUCAACUGGUAAAGAAAAGGAAAAUAAAGACAGAAAAAAUGAUUUUUUAGAAAAUAAGAAUUUUUUAUUAGAAAAUUUUGAAAAAAUUGCUGAAAAAAUAAAUUUAGUAUUAGAUGAAACAGUGGAAUUUUUUAAAGAAAAUUUAUAUGUACAUAAUGGUUAUGGUAAGGUUAAAGUAUGCUCAAAUAACAAAAGGAGAUUAAAAAAAAAAAAAUUAAAAAAAUGGUCUAGUGUUUAUAAGAUUAAUAAAAUUAUCUGUAAAGGAGCACAUGGAGUUGUUUUUUCCGCUUGGAAAAGUGAAAACACAAAUUAUUUUAACCAGGAUUUUUUCGAAAAAAAUAAUUCAACAAAAAAAAAAAAUAAUUUCAAAAAAAAAACUAAUGAAAAGGAAGAAUUAAAAAUAAGGGAAUAUAAUGAAGAUAAGAAAGAAAGAAAAGAGGAUGAAACUGAAGUGGAGGAUGAAGAAGAGGAUGAAAUUGAAGAAGAGGAUGAAAUUGAAGAUGAGGAUGAUGAAGAUGAUGAAGAAGAGGAUGAAGAAGAUGAAGAAGAGGAUGAAGAAGAUGAAGAAGAGGAUGAAGAAGAGGAUGAGGAUGAUGAAGAAGAUGAAAAUGUAGAAGAGGAUGAAAGUGAAGAUAAUAAUGUAACAAGAAACGUUACUAAUAUAAGUAAUGAAAAAGAAGGAAAUAAAAUAGUAGUAGUAAAAAAAAAAGUAAGAGAAAAAAAAUAUUCGGAGAAGAAAAGUAAUAUAAGAAAAGUUGAAAAUAUUGAAGAAACAGAAGAUGAUAAUGAUGAAGAUGAUUAUGAUGAAGAAAAUUUAGUAUCCCUUAAAAUUAUAAAUUUAAGUUAUUUAAGUAAGAAAAAUAAUUUAAAAAAAAUUUUAAAAGAAGUUUAUUUUUUAAAAUUAUGUGAUCACCCAAAUAUUGUUAAAUAUUAUGAAUCCUUUUUUUGGCCACCUUCCUAUUUAAUUAUUGUUUGUGAAUUUUUAUCUGGUGGGACAUUACAUGAUUUAUAUAAAAAGUAUGGAAAAAUAUCAGAAGAUAUUUUAGUAUAUAUAAUAGAAGAUAUUUUAAAAGCUUUGAAUUAUUUACAUAAUGAAUGUAUAUUUCCACUUAUACACAGAGAUAUAAAGCCAACAAAUAUUGUACUUUCAAAAAAUGGGACUGCAAAAUUAAUUGAUUUUGGUUCUUGUGAAAAAUUAACAAAUAAAAAAUCAAAAGAAAUUAUUGGUACCAUUUAUUAUAUACCACCAGAAAUUUUGAUGAAAGAUAAUUAUGAUAGCUCAGUUGAUAUUUGGUCAUUAGGGAUAACUAUUUAUGAGAUAGUUAUGUGCUCCCUUCCAUGGAAAAGAAAUAAAAAUUUGAAUGAAAAUAUAAAAAAUAUAAUUAAUUCAUCACCAAAAAUUAAUAUUAAUGAUGGAUUUAGUAAACAUUUAUGUUACUUUGUCGAAAAAUGCUUACAAAAAAAACCUGAAAGUAGAGGAAAUGUAAUGAACCUAUUAAAUCAUAAAUUCUUAACUAAAAAGAGACUUAUAAAAAAAAAACCAAAUUCUAUUUAUGAAAUAAGAGAUAUUCUUAAAAUAAAUAACGGAAAAAAAAAAAAUAAUAUUUUUAGAAAUUUUCUAAAAAAUUUUUUUUUUUUUAAUGAUAUAAAUAAAAAUAAAGUAUCAAGUUCUAAAUCUUGUGAACCUGAAAUGUUUUUUCAGAAACUUGGAAAAGACAAUUUAUACUUUUUAGAAAUUAAAUUAAAAGAUGAAAAUGCUAAAUCUUUAAAUGAUUUAAAUUUAGAUUCAUCAAAUGAAAAGAAAGAAAACAAAAAUCUUUCAAAUAAUAUAGAAAAUAGAAAAGAAAAUUAUAAGAAUUUUGAGUUCUUAAAAAAUAUUGAUGAUAUUCCAAGAUAUGAAAAAUAA